CGAUACGGGGUACUUUCGCUCGGACGUUUGUUUUACAAUAAAAAAAAGGACGAAAAAGGGGUUGACUACCCAAUCAACUGCCCAAUAUCCUAAUCCUAAAAUCCCAUCUGAAAGCAUCAGACUGGAUUCCGAACCAUCCCCCUAAUGGACCCUACUGAACUAGAUAUAAAGUGCUUUUGGGGGUGCAAUCAGUGAUAAGAAGUGGGAUCAACCACCCUCCAAGGUUGCCAGUGAGAUACGUUGAGGAAGUGAGGAGAGAUAGUGUGACAAAGUGAACAAGAUAAUCAUUCGGCAGGGUGUCGAGGGUCCCAUUUCGCGUGCCUGUGGCAUCCUCAAUGGGGAAAGCGGGUGGCGGUGUGAGAGUCCGGAUGUAGUGACGCGUGUGGGAGACCAAGAGUGUGAUACGUGUCCGAUAUCAGACGGCAAGAUAGCGCCCAACGGCCACAAUCUGGCGGUGGUGCGUCCAUCAAUGGUGGUGCCGCCGGGUGAACAUGGUAGUCCCCCGGCGGCGUCAGCCAGCCACCCACCCCAGCAGCCACUUCAUCAGCACCAUGCCAUUGUGGCGCCAAGUCCCCUCUUUGCCCUGCCUACACUCAAUUUCACCGCAGCCCAGGUGGCUACGGUGUGUGAGACCCUGGAAGAAUCCGGGGAUAUUGAGCGCCUCGCCAGGUUUCUCUGGAGUCUACCAGUAGCUCAUCCCAAUAUCCGAGAACUUGAGAAUUCUGAGGCUGUGUUGCGAGCGCGCGCCAUCGUGGCCUACCACACCGGACACUUCCGGGAACUGUACACAAUUCUGGAGAGACAUAAAUUCACAAAGGCAUCCCAUGGGAAACUGCAAGCCAUGUGGCUAGAGGCGCACUACCAUGAGGCGGAAAAAUUAAGAGGUCGGCCUUUAGGACCCGUGGAUAAAUACCGCGUGAGGAAGAAAUUUCCUCUGCCUCGAACAAUAUGGGAUGGUGAGCAGAAGACUCAUUGUUUCAAGGAGCGAACGAGGAGUCUCCUUCGCGAAUGGUAUCUCAAUGAUCCCUACCCUAAUCCAAGCAAAAAGCGUGAUCUAGCUCAGGCUACAGGAUUGACACCAACUCAAGUUGGCAACUGGUUCAAAAAUCGACGGCAACGAGAUCGAGCGGCGGCAGCGAAAAAUCGGAUGCAACAACCACCGCUAUCAAGUUCAGGCGCGACGUCACUGCCGCCGCGGCGGUCUGAUGCGGCUCUGUCUCCAGCACCGUCGGACGACUCAGACUCAGACAUUUCUCUGGGCACGCAUUCACCAGUACCCAGUAGUAUGUCUAUGCAGCAUAGCCCGGGUUCUGCCUCAGGCGGCGGCAACGAUCGUGAAGAGCGGCUACAGGAGGAGCGCGAGAAGGAUUUCAGUAGAUCCUUUUCGGCUCUCAACUCCUUCCGCUUCGAUGUCCAUUCACCCGCGACGAUGGCUGGUGCAUUCACGAGUCGCUUCUUGCCCACUCUGCCUUAUCGACUGGGGGAAAAUUCUCCGCCCAUCGGCUCCCACUCGCCACCCAUCGGAAUGCCUCCUCACCUGCCCCUACAGCCCACUGUACUGCGGCCCCAGCCGCAACUGCCUGGUCUUCACCAUCCGCCGCCACAGCUCAAUGGCUCACCGGCGCCUCUGUCACCUCUGCGUAUACGCGUAAGUUCACCGGCACGCAUCAAUGCCACAGAACUUGGCGCCGCCGCGCUGGCGCAAACCCUCACAUCUGGCGUCACAGGUGACGGUGGAAUUAUCAGGAUAGCGCCACCUACAGGUCCACCGCUCCUUCAUCGACCCUUCUCACCGUCGCCCCAGCCCAAGGAUGUGUCAUGAUGGAGCGUUCUCGGAGAGACACCCUCACAUUGAGCCGCCGAUGAGCAUCACAUCUCUUCUCGCUAUGAAAACUAUUCCUAAAUGUCAAUUAAAGACCUAUGCUUUCGUAUCUAGAAUCGGCCGUCAUGCAAGGUUUGUCUUAUCAGGAUUCUGAGUUGAUAAUUUGAAAGAUUUCGUUGGGUGACUUAUUAGAAGCACUUUUGACAUAAGGGUCUAUCACGUAAAGUAUGUCGAUCUCGAAUUCACCCAGUGUAUACCAUUUAAGAAUGCUUCAGUUAGGGUAAGGGCUCAUAAUUUUGGACAGUCUGCUUAUAAGAAUCGAUGUUCCAAGUUUGAAGAGCGAUAUUUUCAAUACUAAUUGCCUUUUUUUGUUACUCUCAUUUCAGAAGGGUUGUUUAGUAACUUGGCAAGGGUUUAUUGUCCUUGUUUUUACUAAAAUUAGUUUUAAUACGUUUAAAAAUUAAUUGAUCUGUAGAGAUGAAUUUGACUCUUAUUUUGGACAACUUGGUUAUUAAUUUGGACAACUUGGCUGUAUAUCUGGACAACUAAUCCGCCUCAAGAGGAUGCCCAUUGUUCUUCAUUUUAUGUGCUAAUCUUACAAAGUCCUCUUCCUGUUCAUGUAAGGGAAACGUAGAAUGUCACAAAAAGCCCGGAAACUUUCCUUAUCAUUCAUUAAAGUGAGUUGAAUUCGGUACUCCUAGUAGGUGCGGAUUCGCUCAUUCCCUGGCCUUUCCGGGAGCCUUUCAAGACAUUUUUCGCUACAUCUCUUUCGUGGAGAUGAUGCUCCUUUGUUUCUCCAGGCAUUUGUCGA